UUAACAAGUAACUAUGCAGAAAGUAAUAGGUAGUACUAUAUUAACACUUGCCUUAAUACUAUUAACUAAUAUAGAAGCAAGAUUAACUAAGCAAUAAGUAAUAGCUAAUUUAGGACAAAGGUAGUUACUUAUUUGGUAUUUGAUAAUUACUAAAGAAAAAUGCCAUCAUUGAGAACUACUUGCGAAAUAUGACCAAUUAAUAAAGAAAAAACAAUUAAUUACUAAUCUCAACAUUAACGUACAUAAAGUGAAAAAAUAGGUUGUUUGUGGAAACAAAUUUAUGAAUAAAUACAAAUACCAAAAGCCUAAUACCAAAACAUGAAUGGAUAUAUUCUACAUAUAUAGCCUAUCCAUAGAAGUGUUAAUGUAGUACUACCUAUUACUUUCUGCAUAGUUACUUGUUAACAACGGACCAUUAUUUUAAAGUGUUACCCAACAAUUCAUUUGAAAACAUAUGUUAAUGUUUCUCUGUUUGUCAGCAUAUUUCAAGAUCACAAGACAAAUAUUUACAGCACUCAACCCAAUAUGGAGCAAGCAAGACAAAUAUGUUCUUUGAAGUGAGCAUAGAAAAAGGAGUCAACAUGUUAUAGAGACCAGCUGUGUUAGGGUAUGAAGGACAUUUUUAUGAUAUCACAAAGAGUGACCAGUGGGGCAUCAUUACAACAAAGUUAUCACACAACUUAUGCUGGAGGAGGUUUUUGUUACUCAAGCAGAGUAGCAGCCUGUGAGAAUAAACAAAAGGUUUUGUCCCCACAGGCUUCAAGUCAAUGCUCUCUGAGCACUUCUAUAAUAGGAAAAAGAUAAGGGCAUUUUCUUAUCGAAGGCUUAACAAGAAAACCCUUUGAUAAAUGCCUGUAAGCCAUCAUUUCAAAAGAGAGAAAGAUCAAUAAAGGGUAAACGUAACUAGUCAUUAGACUUAAAAAAAUAAUCAUUUUGAGUUGUUAGAUAGUUUAUUCUGUAAACCUCAAGUAAACAAUGUGACUAACUCUAAUGCAAUCUUAAACAAACGCUGGAGUUCAAGCAUCCUGAGAUCUUGACGUUUGCAAACCAUCACAAUGAACCUGACCUCCCAGCUCCUGGAUCUUAUGCUGGAAGCCUCCAACCUCUCCCGCUGGAAGUUCAUACAGGAAUAUUCCAUCCCUCCUUUGGUGACAGUUCCCAGACUCCCAAGCGCCCUUCUUCCCGUCUUUGGUCUUCUCUAUGUGCUCAUCUUUGGGCUUGCGGUUAUGGGCAACGGAUCUGUGCUGGUUCUUCUAUGUUGCAGGAAGGCUCUGCAGUCUCCCAGCACUUUCUUCAUUUGCUCUCUGGCGCUCAGUGACCUUCUCAUCUCCAUUGUAUGUGUUCCUGCAACACUAUUACAGCACUUCUUCAGUAAUUGGUUAGCAGGGGAUUUUCUGUGCAAGCUAAUACCAUUCCUACAAGUGACAGCUAUUGCGUCCAGCAUGCUCACCAUGACAUGCAUUGCUGUAGAGCGUUUCCAGGGAAUCCUUUAUCCCCUGCACGUCCGCAACAGCUACUUCCUUUGCCAUGCCUUCAAGAUGCUGGUUGCCGUGUGGCUGGCUGCCCUGAUAAUUGCAGCUCCCAUGUGGUUUGUCCAGAAAGUGGAGGUGAAAUAUGACUUCCUGUUUGAUGUCCACCACACCUGUUGUUUGGAAGUCUGGCCAAGCCAGCAGCAGAGAAGAGCUUACACUACUUGCCUAUCCAUUCUGGUUUUCCUGGCUCCAUUGGCGACCAUGGCCAUCCUGUACUGGAAGAUUAUGAAAGAGCUUUGGGGCAAGCACAAAGUACAUGACAUCAUGUUCCAAACACUCCCAGGAUCUGAAAUCAACAAGAUUACAAGGAGAAAGAAACGCGCUAUAAGAAUGAUGGCCACCGUGGUGCUGCUCUUUGCUGCCUGCUGGGCACCUUUCCAUCUGGUUUCCCUGCUGCUCGACUAUGGUCAGCUAGACCUUGAUAUCGACUCUGAGUUUCUCCUGGUCAGUGUGGUUCAGAUCCUUGGAUUCAGUAACUCGGUAUGCAACCCGCUGGUUUACGCAGCCCUCAACACGACCUUCAAGAGGGACCUGCUGGUUCUGCUCACCCGCGGACGGAAACCCGGUGGAGGUUGUUGCUUCAGCAGCCCAGGCUCCUGCUGGUUCCGGAGGAGGCACAAACGAGUGGGUGUCUCAGCAGUGGAGUCGGUAGAACCCAGACGGGGUCUGGAAAGGACAUGUAGACAAGGAGGUAACAGAUCAUGGAGUAAACUGGCAUGGGAACCUGAAGCAGAAAAACCAACGUCCAACUCGCUCCACCCUGUGAAGCUGCUUACUGCAAUCAGGUCCAAAAAGAGCACCAGUACCAUGGUUUUAAGCGUCAUUGACCCACCACACACAGACACAUCUGGAUCUGACCAGCCUGCAUCAGGAAUAGUGGAUGAGUGAAUGCAUGAGAUGGACACCUGGAUGAAACACAAAAAAAUUCACAAUGAUUUAAGAUAACAAUCACGGUUAACCAUCAUAUAGAAUGUACAUUUGAAGCAACCAGCUCACCAUAACGAAGUUGCAAAGGGGAAUCACAAAAAAGUGAGAAAAUAGUUUAAAGUAUAUUUUGCUGUAGGGCCUGUUAAAUUCUAGCAAAAAGUUGGCGCGUCUGCAAACUUGGCACAAGGAAAAUCCAGGCGAUGGAAAUCCCACAUGAAACAAACAGCACAACUCUGGCAGCAGAAACCUAUCACCCCGUCCCACAGCCAGAAUUCCCCCCGGCAGCUAAUGAUAGGGAUGUUCAAACGAGAAACGCACAACCAAUGACUCCCAGCUGCCAGUUUUCAGACCUUUGAAGAAUGUAUGGCUCCGUGCUGCUUUCAGAGCAGAGGUUAUAUAAAUUGUAUUUUUACGUAUUUAAACUGCGUUUGCCAUGCUUUCAUCCUCCGAGCUUGUGAAGACCUCAUUUGGAUGAGACAAAAGCAACAGCAUCAUUAGUAAUGACUUAGAUCUGAGCUUGGAACUUGGAAGUUCAAAAUAUAUUUUACAGAGCAAGACUAUGUUGAUCAAUUUAUAUGGUGCAACGGCACAGGACUGACUCAGACAUCAAAGCUUUCAGAGAGGAAUCCACUGGGUUUUGCUUACCAAACAUUUCUUCAUAUUUGUGUGUAAAAGCAGCAGGCACGAUGUUUUCACACAGAAUUCAUGAUUUACUGUAUCAAUACAUUUUUAUUAUUAACUUUAAUUAUUGUGAAUA